UUUUUUUGUUGCUCAUUUUGAUUAGAUUCAUGAGUAUCAGAACUCAAAAGAUACAGGAAUAGGAAAAUAACAGAAAGAUUUCUUGGUGGGGUUUUAGCUUCUUAAUGAUUUUAUGAUAAUCUUGGUAGUCCAAUUUUGUUUUUUCACUUCCGAUAUCUCAUUAUUGUAUUUUGGGGUUUCAUUUACCUGUUCUUAUUGACAGUGUUCUUGUACUUAUCUGUUACAGAUGCAAAGAAAGUAUUGAUUUUUUUGUAGACUUUUAGGCGUUUGGACAUGAUUUUGUUGAGAUUUGGAAAAAAGGAGUAGUAUUUGUAGCUGAAAUUGAAAAAGAGUAUUUAAUUUCAGCUUUACAUGAGUAGCUGAAAGUUAAACAUGCAGACAAUUAAGGGUGGUUGGGUUGGGCAAACAUUUGCCCUUGCUACUUACAAUGACUCUGGCAGCAGGAAGACUAGGAUUAGGCGUUCGAAAGAGGAGAGAAAGACUAUGGUUGAAACUUUUAUAAAGAAGUAUCAGACGUCAAACAAUGGGAAUUUUCCGUCACUUAAUCUGACGCACAAGGAAGUUGGUGGCUCUUUCUACACAGUACGAGAAAUAGUUCGGGAGAUAAUUCAGGAAAAUAAAGUUCUAGGUCCAGCUAAGUUGCCUCCCGGAGAGCAAAGUGAUGUCCAGUUUGCAGAACAAUAUCCACUAGGAUCCAUAUCAACUGAACCACAAAGUUUGUCUUUAUCCGAGGAGAGCCAUGUUAUGUCAACUUUUGCACCCAUUCAUUACAUGGGUAAAAGUGAAGCUGAUUUUGGCAUGAACACACAGCUUGAUGUAGCUGAAGCAAAGGUUGCAAAUGAUGGACCACAAACUAGCACAAGGGACUUCAAUGAAAGAUUUGAACAAUCUGAUGAAUCGUACAUAAUUGAUUCUGAAUCUGAUCAUCAAAUAAACAAGGAUGAGGUUUCAUACUCUAGUGGGAUCAAUGGAUUUGAUUAUGAGCUGCGCAAUGAACAGAUGGUUGGUGAUUAUGAGACAACUGAAGAAAAUGAAAUUUCUGGUAAAUCUGAUUUACUUGACGACUUCUCUGUCAAUCAUCAAAAUACCAAUUCACGAGUUUUAGAAUCUUUUGAGAUCAUCUCUGACCCUGUGAAUGAGAGUCUUAGCAGUGGGCUCGAUGCUUGUCAUCCUACAGUUAAAGAGGAUGAAACAUACAAAGAACCAAUAUCUACGGAGUCAGUGGUAGCAGAGAGUCUGAAUGUUGAAAGUGGAACAAAUGAACUGGAAGCAUCAAAAGCCAAACCUCUUAAAACAAUAGAACUACUGGUGGAGCAAUUUCCCCUGCGGCCCAUUUCUAAGAAAAUAGAUGACUUGGAUUCAGGAUUAAAUGAAACAGUCAAUGUAGCAAAAACAUCCGAAGAAACAGAAAUUGAACAGGACAUAAUAACCUCUUAUGGAAAAGAUGCUCAAUUGAUAAAUGAGCCAGUUGAAGUCAUGGUAGCUGAUCCAAUAUCAGAAAAGUCCAGCACACUGCGAGACGACAAAGCAGGUCCGAAAGUUCGGGACGCAUCUUUGGAAAUUUCAAGUGCCUCAGAAGAAAGAGCGACCGUUGCCACUAAUGUAAUAGUUAAGGCCUCAUCAACAGUAAAUGGGACUGUCAAUGCUUCUAGUCCUAUGCUUAAUGAGACUUUUGACAGCACUAGUAACAAUGGCACUUCUAAGAAAUUGGCUACUGACGAGUUGAUUGAGGCUAAAGGUAAAGCCAGCGUUCAACUUGAUAGCAGCCAGCAGAAAGGAGGCCAUCCUCCACUUGACAGAAUUCAUCUUGAAACAUGGAAAGGCGCUUCAGCAAAAUCCAAGGAACAUGAAACAAAUCCACUCCUGGCAUUACUGAAGGCAUGUAUCACAGCUUUUGUGAAAUUUUGGACCGAAGAAUAACUUCUUUGCCUUUUCUUUUAGUACUUGAGAAUGCCCAUAGAUCCUAGCAGUUGCUGCAGUGAUUUUCGGUUCAUGAGAUAAUGGCUUUCUCGAAUUAUAUAAUCUCUGAACUGAAAUGGAAGUUACAUACUCUACAACAAGGAUCUCGCAAACCAAAAUCUCAAGGUUUUCUGCGGGUUAGGACAAUAUCUUGUAUAUUAGGAACUUGUGCUAGUUGUGAUGCAGGGCAUGUGCCUGAUUAGUUUUAGCAAGUAUUUUUAGAUGAAUUAAUCACAUGAAUGAACAUGUCAAUUCUGAAUUCCAGAAAUAAUAGAUUAAGUCCAUGUCAAGAGUGCAGUUUAGCUUUGCA